AUGCAGGAUACACUAACAAGCUACGUUUGCCUGAUGAAGCACGUGGUCAUGAUAAUACAAGAUAAGGCUCGGCCCGUCGCUUGUGCAAACUCUGAUGCUGGUAAUGAGAUUCAUUUCAUUUGGUCGGCAAGUUCAAUAUCUGACUAUGGAUUUGCUAUCAGUCAGGUCUCGGACAUGACGAGGGUGCUGAUGACACACAAUCUCCAUGACCGUGAGAAUAAAUGGGGAAUUAAAUCACACAACAGCGCCCUUGCUCUAGCUAGCCUCACCACAGCUCGCCGUUGA